AUGGAAGCCCUCCACUCCCGUCCCCGCCGCCUGCCACGCCGCUCCGCUCUUGUGUCCGUCGCCGGAGGGCCGCCCACGCCCAGCCGCCCGGCCGCCUCAGCCUCGCCGCCGUGCUCCCUGCAGCCCGUUCGCCUCAGCCUCGCCGCCGUGCUCCCUGCAGCCCGGCCGCCCGGCCGCCUCAGCCUCGUCGCCGGAGGACGGAGCCGACGGGGCACGCACACAGCCGAGGUCCUCCGUGGAGAACCCUGUGCGUGCGCGUCGCUCUUCGUCGACCCGCGCAGCCCCGACGCUGCCGGCAUCCAUGACCUGGCCGUCCUGGCCACGAAGCUCGCCAUCGACCACGCCGCCUCCACCGAGUCUAAGAUCUCCGACCUGGCCGAGCGCCACUGCCUGGAGCGGUACGGCGGCGCGGCGGACCUGCUCCGGGACGCGCUCGACAACCUGCAGGCCCGCGUGUACGGCAAGGCCCUACAACAGCUCAUGGCGGCGCUGGGCGCGUCGGAGAGCUGCGAGGACGCAUGGAAGGGCGCUGAGGAGGGUUCCGUGCCCGUGGCCGCGCAGGACAGGGAGUACGGCCGCCCAUGCUCGUCCGUGUGCUCCGCCAUGACGCCGUCUGCGACCCGCUCGACGAAAUGCCGCUGCCUCCGCGAGCAGAGCCCAUGGGGGGCGUAACGAGUGGAUCCCCCCGGGACCAAAAAUUUGCUGGUGCCCCCAAGCGAU